AUGAAGUCGCAUAUCCUGGGUCUUGAUCAAAUCUGGAGUUGGAAUGCUGAAGUCCCGAAGACUGUCCCAGGCUGCGUGCAUGAUCUGAUUGCAACUGUUGCCGUCCAUCAUCCGGAUGCCUUGGCUGUGUGCGCCUGGGAUGGCGAUUUCACGUAUUCUCAGUUGAAUGCGCUGUCUCACCGGGUGGCUCAACGUCUGAUUGCUUUGAAAAUUCCUCGACAGUCCAGUAUUCCCUUGCUAUUCUCCAAAUCACGAUGGACCUGCGUGGCCAUGUUGGCCGUCAUCCAGGCGGGUUGUGCUGCCGUUGCGCUGGAUGCUACGCAACCAGACACGAGAUUGCGAUCGAUUGUGCAACAGACACAACCGAGAGUCGUUAUCUCGUCGCCAAUGCAUACCACCCGAGCAUCUGGCCUGACGGACGCACUCAUCCUGCAGCUGGAUGAUGCGUUUUUCGACAACGAGAUUGUGGAGCCAACGGACGAACUCCCCGUCGCUUUCCCAUCUGAUAUAGUUUAUAUCUCCUUUACAUCUGGAACAACAGGUCUACCAAAGGGCGCAUGCAUCAGUCAUGCGAAUGUACGUAGCGCCGUCCAUUACCAAGGCAAGAAGCUGGGUUUUGAUUCAAAAUCCCGGGUUUUUGACUUCGCUCCCUAUUCAUUCGACGUCGCAUGGAGUAACUUUUUCCACACGCUCUGCGCUGGAGGAUGCAUUUGCAUCGCGAACGAGGAGGAUAUGCUUAACGAUCUGUCCGCCGCAAUUGAUGCGUUCAGAGCCACAUUGAUUAAUGUGACGCCUACUGUAUUACGCACUAUAAACCCCACUCCGACUACCCUCGAAACGGUUUUGUUGAGUGGGGAGAUGCCAUACCGAGACAACAUCACUCGCUGGGCUGACAAGGUAAAAUUGCUAAAUACAUAUGGUCCAACGGAAUGCACAUUUAAAUGUGCCUUUUCCCUGCUUAGUCCACAUUUUGAAGGUCGACCAGAUAUUGGCAGGGGAGUUGGUCAUUGCACAUGGAUUGUCGAUGUCAAUGACAGCAACAGAUUGGCCACCCCAGGGGCGACAGGAGAGCUGUUCCUAGAAGGGCCUCUAGUCGGCCAGGGGUAUCUGGGUGACCCCGAAAAGAGUGCUGCCGCAUUUAUCAAUGACCCUCCAUGGCUUCUGGAAGGAAGUAGCAAUGUUCCUGGUCGACGAGGCAGACUUUACAGAACAGGGGAUUUGGUCAAAUACAAAUCAGACGGCCGGCUGAUGUUUAUGGGCCGCAAAGACGCCACACAACUCAAAAUUCGAGGCCAAAGGGUGGAGAUUGGUGAUGUUGAGCAUCAUGUCCGUGCAUGUCUACAAGAAGAUAUCUCCGUGAUUGCAGACGUAGUUAUGCCGCGUGGGUCCGACACCACGUCGUUGGCUCUGUUUGUUCAGACUCAACCAGAUAAUCGAGAAUGGGUCAAGCGUGAGAUAGACAAGUUGGAAGGCAAAUUGCGUGAAGUUUUACCUUCCUUUAUGAUUCCCACCGUGUAUCUCCCGGUCGACGUCAUUCCUGUGGCCUCAACUGGCAAGGCUGAUAGACGGCGACUACGGGAAAUGGGCAAUGCUCUGGACUGGAACCAAAUUGUCAAGCUCCAAUCAACCAUCGUAUCCGCCGUCGACUAUCGUGAGCCGACAACCGACACGGAAAGACAGCUACGGCACAUCUGGGCUCAAGUUUUAGAGCUGGAUGUUAAUCGAAUCAGCACAGGUGAUAGUUUUCUGCGCCUCGGGGGAGACUCGAUUGCCGCUAUGUAUUUGGUUGCAGAAGCCCGAAAGGAAGGGUUGUCUUUAACGGUUGCAGAUGUGUUCAGGUUUCCCAUUCUAAACGAAUUAGCAACCAAGGUCAAAAAUGUUGUGCAGAGCGAGGUUGUGCUCCCAUUCUCCCUGUUGACGGGGAGGAGAAGCAAGAAGGACUUGUGUAAAGAAGCUGCCACACUGUGUGGGGUAGAGGUCGGCGAAAUUGAGGAUAUUUAUCCAUGCACUGCACUACAGCAAGGGAUGCUGGCCAUCAGUGCAAGAGAAGCUAGCGCAGACUAUACAUCACGCACUGUGUUUGACCUGCCAGAAGACAUUAAUAUGACGCAGCUGGAGAGGGCCUGGACAGACACCGUUGCAGCAAUGCCUAUCCUGCGCACUAGGAUUGUCGAGUUACGGGGAGAAGGUCUUGUUCAGGUUGUAGUGAAGACCCCGAUGACACUGCUUCGAUAUGAGUGUAUUCGUGACUUGAUGAACACCAGUUCUCAGGCUUCACAUUUGGGGAGACCACUGUGUCGGGCCGGGAUAAUUCAAGAUGAAUUUCCCCGUCUAUUAUUAAUGAUCCAUCACUCGAUAUACGAUGGGUGGACCACAAGGCUCAUUUUGGAUACUGUUGAAAUGGCGUUUCGGGAGACUCGAGCUUUCUCAGCGCCCGUUCCGUUCCAGCUAUUUGUCAAGCACGUGGUGGCUAUGGACACCGCAAAGGCCAUAGAGUUUUGGCGUGAUCAGCUCAUUGGCUCCGAUGCAACUGCUUUUCCGUCUUCACAAUACUCUCCCAGGAAAAAGCUGGAUUUCAACCAUGUUAUUAGUGGGGUGCAGUGGCCCCGUACCAGUGCUACUCCAUCAUCGGUGGUGCGGUCUGCACUCGCGAUACUGCUAGCAUCGCUCACUAAUAAAGACGAUGUAAAGUAUGGAGCUACUGUCAGUGGUCGACAGGCCCCUGUGCUAGAUAUCGAACGCAUCGCGGGACCAACUAUUGCAACAGUUCCCGUGCGAGUGAAGUUAAACUGGGACCAGACCGUCGAAGACCUGCUGCAGCAAAUCCAAAGACAGAUGGUAGAAACGACGGAAUAUGAGCAGUUUGGCUUACAGCAAAUUCGGAGGAUUGAUGAGGAUAUUGAGGCAGCCGCACAGUUUGAGCUCCUACUGGUCAUCCAACCAGCUCACCAUGGCAAGAGUCAGCAGCCUGGCGGUCUUUUCUCCCGCGCACACAGCGUAGCGCUACCAGGACUUUUAGACGCGCACAGCCAAGGGGGACCCGUCCUAGUUGCUAAGGAUGGACAGAGCGAUAGUAUUGGGAUCUACAAUUCUUACGCGAUGAUGAUUAUCUGUCAGCUGGAAGAAUCUGGUGCAGAGCUCAAGAUCAACUUUGACUCUGGGGCUAUUGAGGAAGACGAAGUGCAGCGGCUGGCCCGGCAGUUUGAGCAUGUAUUGCGACAAAUGUGCUCAGAGCAGUUUGCCCAAGUCAAACUCAGAGAUCUAAGCCCCAUGACCAGCGAGGACCUGCUCGAUAUUUGGGCAUGGAACCGUAAUCUACCAGCUGCCGCUACUGAGUUGGUAACAUCUCUUAUUGAACAGCGGGCUGCUACUCAACCCGGGAAAAUUGCCAUAUGCGCAUGGGAUAACGAGCACACAUACAGACAGCUCCAGGAAAGAUCGACCGCUCUUGCGUGCCGAAUGCGAGAGCGUGGGGUUGCCCCCGGAUCUAUCGUCGUGCUCAGCUUCGAAAAGUCUUCCUGGCUGCCUAUCACUAUGAUCGCUGUUCUUCAACUUGGAUGCAUCGUGUUGCCUGUUUCUGUACCGACUUCAAGUCAACGAGCUAGCCAAAUUAUCAAUGCUUUGCAGCCCACACUUGUCAUAACAUCGAACGCAUCCCACCUUUGUCCGUUUACUGGCAUGGUGCCGGUCACUACUCAUGAUGAGCUGAUGAAAGCUCACAUCGAAAAUAGCCCAGGUCUACCGUUACCUGAGCUCCGUGCCUCUGAUCCUGCUUUUUUACUCUUUACAUCAGGCUCUACUGGAACACCAAAACCUAUCCAAUGGAGCCAUGAAACGCUAUCAAGCAACAUUGCGGCAGCGCAAACAUGCUUUGGGAUUGAUUCUAAUAGCAGGGCUUUCCAAUUUGCAGGAUACGAUUUUGAUGUCAGCACGGUCGAAACGCUUUCGGUCCUCGUUGCAGGUGGCUGUGUUUGCAUCCCAUCUGAAUCCGAACGAACAAAUAGACUGUCCGAAAGCAUCGCUCACUACAAUGCGAAUUGGAUUUGUUUGACGCCAUCUGUUGCAGAAUCCAUCACGCCCAAGGAUGUGCCGUUGUUAAAGAAGAUCACGUUUGCUGGUGAAAGGUUGCAACAGAGGACGGCUUCUCAAUGGUCUGAGUAUCUCGAUGUCGUGUACAAUUGGUAUGGGCCAGCCGAGGCGUGCGUAGCCACUUCAUAUAAAUUCGAUCCCAGGAAUUGGCAGUCGGGGAUCAUUGGACGAAGUCAAGCAGCCUGUACCUGGCUAGUUGAUCCCAAAAACCCUAAUAUUCUUGCUCCAGUCGGGGCAAUCGCCGAGCUACUCAUAGAGGGUCCGAUCGUCGCCAGCUAUGCAGGGAGCUGCGGUGCUGCCCUGAAUGAAAAGCAAUUCAUUUCUCCUUCCUGGUUGCAUCAAGGCCAUUGGAAGGUAUCAGGGCGAGACGGAACCCUGUAUCGAACGGGGGAUCUCGUCAAAUAUACCUCUGGUGGUUCCCUUCUGUUCGUUGGUCGAAAACAGGAUUCCCAACGCAAGCUUCGAGGACAACGUGUUGAUCUAGAGAACAUCGAGGGCUUAGUGCAGGGGUUUCUCAAGAGCAGAAAUGAGGUCAAAACUGUGGCAGAGAUCUUUACUCCAUCACUCAGCGACAAGGACAGUUUGGCUCUCUUCUUUAGCUCCCGCGGUAUGGCAAGCAAACCCGCGUUGCCGGUCGACGAACUUGAAGCGUAUCUGGCGACAGUGCUGCCAGCUUAUAUGAUCCCAAAGCUGUACAUUCCCCUGGUCACGAUCCCCGUCGGUAAGACGGGAAAGACUGAUCGCCGACGUCUGCGUCAAAUCGGUAGCUCGUUCACUACAGAGCAGCUAGCGGCAAUGCAGCCAUCUCGGCAGAAGGCAAGGCAGCCCUCCGGCGAAAAUGAGAAACAGCUUCAAGGACUGUGGGCAGAGGUUUUUGGUGUAGCCGUCGACUCGAUCUAUGCAACAGACAAUUUCUUCCGCCUGGGAGGCGAUUCUAUCAUGGCGAUGCGCCUCGUUGCCCUAGCCCGCAACGAUGGAGCUGCGCUUACAGUUUCAGACAUAUUCGAGGCCCCCACACUGGAGAAUAUGUCAAAGCGGCUUGUAAAAGGGACCAAAUAUAUUGAAGAGGUUCCUCCUUUUUCUCUUUUGAGCCCACGCGUUGGCAAAGAGGAUAGUCGCAGGUAUGCUGCUCGCCAAUGCAGGAUACCGGAGGAACAGGUCCUUGACAUCUAUCCUUGUACCGCUCUUCAAGAAGGCCUUCUGGCAUUAGGCGAAAAGGACCCUGGCCAAUAUAUAUCGCGAAGUGUACUUGAGAUUCAAUCCACUGUCAACCCGGACCGGCUACGGCAAGCGUGGGUAUCCACCCUGCAGAAGUUACCUAUCCUGAGAACUCGUAUAAUUGACCUCCCGGGUCAGGGGUUGGUCCAGGUUUUACUUGACAAUGUUCCCUGGCGCUUUGGCACCGACAUAGCUACUUAUGUGCGAGAAGAUGAACAGGAGCCGAUGGGUAUGGGGACGCAACUUUGUCGUGCGGCCAUUGUGGAAGGGAGCUUUAUUCUCACUAUUCACCAUUGUACCUACGACGGUGCCUCCCUAAAGAUGGUUCUGGAUGAAUUUGAACAUCAGUACCUUGGUCAAUGUGGCGCAGAAUUUACACCAUUUCGCAACUUUAUCCAAUAUUUGCAAAAGACUGACCCCCACGACAGCACAGAAUUCUGGAAAGGCCAGCUUUCUAACGCCGAGCUUCAGCAAUUCCCUGUCCUUCCCUCCUCAACCUACAUACCACAGGCCAACGAGGAGAUGGAUCAUCCGAUUUCAGUCGAGUGGCCGCGCGCUGGAAUGACGCCAUCAACCAUCCUCCGAUCAGCCUGGGCAAUCCUUGAAGCGCAGUAUGUGGCCUCCAACAAUGUGGUAUUUGGAGUCACAACGAGUGGGCGGCAAGCGAAUAUGGCUGGCAUCGAACGCUGUAGUGGUCCAACAAUUGCGACAGUACCAAUUGCAGCCUCUAUCGAUUGGGACCAGACAAUCCAGACAUUCUUGGGUCAGAUACAACAACAAAGCAUCAACAUGAUACCCCACGAGCAGUGUGGACUGCAGAAUAUUCAGCGAGCUGUAGAGAAUACUGACUCUGUGCUAUUCCAGACUUUGCUAGUGAUUCAACCAGUGGCUGAAGGAAAGAGUCUACAAGAUGACAGAACGGAUCCAUUUAAUGUGUAUCCGUUGAUGUUGAUUUGCGAGCUUAUCGGGUCGGGGCUGAAGUUGCACAUCAGCUUUGAUAAUCAUAUUCUCGACCACAGGCAGAUUCGUCGCAUCGCCUCUCAAUUCGAGACAGUCCUUCAGCAGCUAUGCACCACAGACCCAGGAACCACAAAGCUCAAAGAUGUUCAAACAGCAUCUAAUUUCGACAUUACACAGUUUUGGGGAAAUAAUUCCAAGGCUCCAGCAGAGCCCCAGGCAUCAGUACCUGAUCAGAUUUCUUUGGUGGCGGGCAAGCAACCUGACUCGAUUGCAAUCGAUGCCUGGGAUGGACAGCUAUCUUACAGGGAGCUUGAUGAACUGUCGACAGACCUCGCCCAUAGGUUGCUUGGAUUGGGUAUCGUCAAAGGGUCCACAGUCGCCCUAAGCAUGGAAAAGUCUAAGUGGGUUCCGAUCAUGCAGCUCGCCAUCCUGAAGUCUGGCGCUGUUUGCUUGCUGCAGUCUGUCGCCGUACCAGAGCAUCGUGUGGGCACCGUCCUCAAAACCCUCGACGUGGUGCUUGCUGUAGCUUCACCAUCGCGAGUUGGCGUGAUGAAGCACUUUUCCAAAUGUCUCACUAUCGAGGAGGUGCUGGAGUCACCUAUCUUAUACAAUCCACUCCCUUCUCCAGGGAUGGCUGACCCUGCCAUUGUCUUGAUAUCUUCUGGCAGUACUGGCGAACCUAAGCAGAUUCUUUGGAGUCAUCGAACACUGAGCGCAAACAUCCAAGGUGCUGGUGAGGUAUUCUCAAUGAGCUCGUUGUCCCGUUUGUUCCAGUUUGCGUCGUACGAUUUCGAUGUUGCCACGGUGGAAACGCUGUCCACGGUGGCUUAUGGGGGCUGUCUCUGCAUACCCUCUGAAUCCGAACGACUCAGCGACAUGCCCAGGGCGAUCAAUCGUUUCAAAGCUAAUGUCCUUCACUGUACCCCAUCAACUGGAAGACUGCUUAGCCCUGAAGCGGUACCCACUUUGUCGACACUCGUCCAAGCUGGGGAGAACCUGACCAAAGAAGACGCGAAAAGGUGGAGUGGCAAGUGCGAUGUUAUCAACUGGUAUGGACCGGCUGAAUGCAGUUUAGCUUCAGUUUCCCCUGCCACUCUACCUUCAUGGUACACGGGGGUAAUUGCGGGCCCUUCUGAACUGAUUGGUUCUCAAUAUCUGCCUCUUUGCUGGCUGGUUGACCCGUACAAUCAUCAUCGUCUGACGCCAUUUGGAGCUAUUGGGGAGAUCGCUCUCGAGGGACCAGGGUGCGCAGUGGCUUAUAUUGGGAACCCAAGUUUGACCAAGAGGAUGUUUUGUGAGAACCCAACGUUUCUCUGCCAUGGCCAGAGGGGAAAUGAAAGAGGACGAAUGAGGAGGAUCUACCGAACCGGCGAUUUGGCUCGAUAUGACAGCAACGGCAACCUGGUAUUCAUCGGGCGCAAAGAUGCACAGCUCAAGAUCCGUGGCCAGCUAGUAGCCCCAGAAGAAGUUGAACACCAUAUUCGUCAAUGUGUGGAUAUAGCGGACUUUCCAGUCGUCGUGGAUGGCAUAAUCGAGAAGGGUGGCAUCCACCUUACAUUGGUGGCCUUCAUUGUAACAGAAGAGGUGGGUUCCAUCACAAAUGGCCUGAAUGAGAAACUUCAAAAGUCACUCCCUCGUUAUGCUAUUCCAUCCUAUUACAUCCCCGUCCCGGCCAUUCCCACUGGACCAACUGGGAAGGUCGAUCGCAAGAAACUGCGGGAGAUUGGUUCUGCGUUUACUCCGCGGGUGCAAUCCGAAAUUCAACAGAGAAAACCCACGACUCCAGCAGAGGUCAAACUCCAGAGCCUGUGGGCGAUUGCUUUAGGGAUUGAAGUGAGCAACAUUUCUGCGAACGAUAGCUUCCUCCGGCUUGGUAACUCGAUUGAAGCAAUGCGUUUCGUUGGGCUCGCCCGCGAUCAAGGCAUACUAUUGACAGUGGGACAGGUCUUUGAGAAGCCCGUACUCGCUGAAAUGGCUACUGUUAUUCAGAGUACGACGAAUGACAUGGUUGAGAAGGCCUCUCCCUUCACUCUGCUGGAUAAAUCUGUGGAUAUUCAAUUGGCCCGACAACAAGUCGCAUCACUGUGUGGCAUCUCUGAAGAGAGCAUCGAAGAUAUAUUCCCAUGUACACCAUUGCAAGAAGGCCUGCUCUCAUUAACGACGAAGCACGAUGGGGACUAUACAGGUCGCAACAUCCUAGAGCUUCGUUCUUCUGUCGACAUUGGCCGGUUCAAAGCCGCAUGGGAGCAGACAGUGGCGAGGAUUCCAAUUUUGCGAACGCGAAUUGUUGAUCUUCCCGGUCAAGGGUUGGUGCAGGUAGUAAUCGAAGAAACUAACGUGUGGACCGAGGCAAAAGGAGCUGAAGACUAUAUCGAAAAAGAAAAGCAGAUUCCGAUCGCCCUGGGAUCACCUUUGAUGCGAUGUAGUUUAUUCACGACAUCUUCUGGGGAAAACAGUCGUUUCUUCUUCGCGCUGACUAUGCACCACUCAAUCUACGAUGGUGUAAGCACAGGCUUAGUCUUGGAAACCCUUGACUCGCUCUACCAUCAUACAACCUCCCGUGAAUUAAGCACAUUCCAGCCUUUCGUACAAUACAUCAACAGGCAGGAUAAGAAGGCCGAGUCUGACUUUUGGGCCUCGCAGUUCGCCGGUCUCGAAGCAUCACAGUUUCCCACGCUGCCAUAUUCAGCCUACGAGCCUCAUCCGAGUUCAAAUUUGGAACAUUCCAUCCGCGACAUCCGUUGGAGAGGAGAUGGCAUUACUCCGUCGACGACAGUACGUCUCGUAUUCGCCUUGAUGUGCUCUCGCUAUUCCGAUUCAUCGGAUGUUGUUUUUGGGACUGUCGUCAACGGCCGCAAUGCUCCAGUUCAAGGGAUUGAUAGAUUGGCCGCUCCCACCAUUGCCACACUCCCAAUUCGCGUGAAAUUGAAGGACCAUGAAAAUAUCCGAGCAAUGUUGAUUGGUUUACAAAAUCAAGCAACACAGAUGAUUCCGUAUGAGCAGAGCGGGCUGUCGAGGAUUCAAAAGAUCAACGACGAAGCACGGCAGGCCUGUCAAUUCCAGUCGUUCCUAAUGAUCCAGCCACCUGAAACAAAAAUGGACGAGGGCGGUUUAUUCUCACCCCAAGAGUCGUCACCGCAAAGUGAGAGAGAUCGCUACCGUGGGUUCAACUCUUAUGCCUUCUCAGUGGGCUGCACACUGUUGGAGAAUGGAAUCCAGCUGCAAUUUACUUUCGACUCAAAGGUGAUUGAUUGUGCAACGAUUGGCACAAUGGCGCACCAUUUUGAACAUCUUUUGCGAAAAGUGGCAUCACAUGAGGUCGAUCAAGUUGCUGCCAACGAUCUCGAAAUGAUCACAACACAAGACCUGAACCAAAUUUGGCAAUGGAACUCGCACAGAUAUGAGAGCAUCAACCGCUGUAUCCAUAAUCUGAUCUCAGAUACAGCAAAAUCCCAGCCGACAGCCACUGCUAUCUCAGCCUGGGAUGGGGAAUUGACAUACAAAGCGCUUGACUACUUAUCGACGCAGCUCGCCCAUCAGCUAGUAGAUCUGGGUGUUGGUCGAGGUAUGAUUAUUCCGUUGUAUUUUGAAAAAUGUCUAUUCUCUUUCGUUGCCUUUUUAGGUGUCGUUAAGGCUGGAGCCGCUGGGCUAUUUCUAGAUCCUGCUCUCCCGGUAUCGCGACUCCACGCAAUCGUGCAACAAGUGAAACCCAUCUUAAUGCUAGUAUCACCAUCGAAUGAAACACUUGGCUGCUCCAUGGUAGAGCAUGUCAUCGUAGUGAGCCAUGAUUCAAUGCGCUUGGCAUCUGAGGGACGUGGAAAGACUACCCCACUACCGUCGGUACAUCCAUCGGACCUGCUGUAUGCCGUGUUUACAAGUGGAAGCACUGGAACUCCCAAGGGCGUUCUCAUUCAGCACCGCCACUUCUGCAGUGCCAUCGUCCAUCAGCAACCGGUGUUCAACCUUGGCCCCUCGACCAGAAUGUACGACUUUUCUGCACCCUCGUUUGAUGUAACCUACGGAGCCGUGCUACCUACCCUUGUAGCAGGAGGCACAGUAUGCAUACCUAGUGAUGAGGAAAGAAAAAGCCAUUUGAGUGAGAGUUUGCGCCGCUUCGGAGCGACAGAUACCCUCUUAACCCCAUCUAUAGCUCGCUGCCUUGACCCUAGUCGUGUCCCAACGCUACGGAAUAUAUAUCUUGGCGGUGAAUCCCCCACACAUGAUGAUCUCGCGUUGUGGACUCCCCAUGUUCCUACUGUCAAUUGCUAUGGUCCAGCUGAAUGUUCCGUUGGCACCCUCUAUUGGAAGGUCCCGAGUCCCAUCCCAUCCAAGAUUCCAAUUGGCAAAGGAUACGGUGUAUCGACAUGGGUUGUCGACCCACAAUCGAGCGAGCGCCUGUCGCCCCUUGGAACCGUUGGGGAGCUAUACCUUGAGGGUCCCCUGGUUGGACAGGGCUAUUUCAUGGAUGAGGAAAAGACUGCGUCUGCAUUCAUUGAAAGCCCAUCUUGGCUACACAGGGGAUCUCCUAACGGUCGGGUUCCUGGAAGAGAUGGGCUGUUAUAUAAGACCGGAGACCUAGUCAAGUACGAUCCAGUUGAUGGGACAUUGGUCUUUAUCGGAAGGAAGAAUACGCAGGUCAAGCUCCGAGGGCAACGGAUAGAGCUGGGGGAGAUUGAGCAUAAUCUCCAACAGGUCCUCAUUGAUAUGUCCAUCGAGGCCGCCGUUGUUGCGGAAGUGGCGACCCCAGAAGUGACAGGACGGGCUGCUCUUGUAGCCUUUAUCGAGUCUGACCCAACGAGAAUUUCCGAGAUCGCGGGCGAUCUGGAGAAUGAGAUGGCAGCACGAGUACCCAUGUAUAUGGUACCAGUUACGUUUGUCCCGAUCAAUCCAAUGCCCUUGACUCCCAGUGGCAAAACAGAUCGCAGGCGUCUGCGAGAGAUUGUAUCACAAUUCACAUUGGAGCAACUUGGGGGAGGACGGCAGUCAAAUGGCCGGCCUCCAGCUACGGAACGGGAAUGUUUGCUACAGAAAUGGUGGACAUCAGUGAUUGGGGUUCCAGCUAAUCAAAUAUUUAUCGAUAGUAGUUUUAUUCGACUUGGCGGCGACUCAAUUUCUGCAAUGAGAUUAGCUUCCUUAGCUCGCAGUCAAGGCAUUUCUUUGACUGUCCAAAAUAUUUUGAAUCAGCCCCGACUAUGCGACAUGGUGCAGGCAAUGGCUCCCUUGGAUGCAAAUCGAGAUGAUGCUGAUCAGGUAGAGGUUACCCCGUUCUCCUUGUUAAGGCAUCCAGAAGACAAAGAAAUGACCCUGAACUAUAUCGCUCAACAAUGUGAUAUCAGCAAGUCGGAGAUCCAGGAUGUCUUUCCCUGUACCGGUGUGCAAAAAUCUUUGUUAUCUAUGACAGCAAAGAGUCACACUUCGUAUAUUGCCCGGUUUGCCCUUCGAUUGGCAAAGAACAUCGACAUACCUCGCCUUCAGAGAGCAUGGGAAAAAGUCAGUCAAACAAAAGCUCCUAUCCUCCGUUACCGCAUUGUGGAUACGCCUACAGAAGGCCUGGUGCAGGUUGAGGUAAACGAGCCUUUGGAAUGGGAAACGGGUGAUACGGUGUCAUCAUACAUCCAGCAAGACCGACGAUCCAUGGGCCUCUCAACCUCUCUUACUCGCCUAGCUAUUGUCGGAAAUGCUGCGGAACAUGACACCUACUGUCUUCUUACCCAGCACCAUGCGAUUUACGACGGUUAUUCAUUGAAUCUUCUGAUCCAGGAGGUAUCGAGAGUGUAUGCAGGACUGAUAGACCCCACACCCGUUGCACCCUUCCAGGCCUUUGUUAAGCAUAUCAUGGCCAUCGACCAGGAGAAGGCCCGAGACACUGUGAGGCGUGAGUUUGUGGGCUUUCACUGGCCUAAACGGAAUGCAACGGCUUCAACUAUUAUACGCGCCGCAUGGUCGAUCCUGACUGCUCGCUAUACAGAUACUGACGAUGUGGUUUUCGGUGCCUUGGUCACUGGCCGGCAGGGCCCUUUGCAAGGCCUUGAUCGAAUGAUCGCCCCUCUCAUCAACGCAGUCCCAGUACGCGUGAAGCUUGACCCGGAGCAAGACGUGGAAAGCUUUCUCAACUCCAUUCAGCAGCAGUCCAUUGAUAUGAUCGCCUAUGAACAGUCGGAAUUGCUAGAUACCCGACGCAUCAAUACUGAUACAGAACAGGGCAGUCGAUUUAAUACCCUUCUGGUAGUCCAGCCUACUCAGCAAAGCGGCGAUAGUAGAAUAAUCGACGGCCCAUUUGACCAGAGAAAAAUAGUUUCUGCUAAUGAUGAUUUGGAUGAUUACAAUCCGAAUGCAGUAAUGAUUCUAUGUCAGCUAACCGAAGACAAUAGUCUGACUAUGGAGGUCAGCUUUGAUUCAAGAGUUGUGGACGUGGAGCAGAUGGAACGGAUUGCAUCACAGUUUGAACAUGUCCUGCGUCAGCUAGCCAUGUUAACCACCGACACCGUCGAGUCCAUUGAGGUUGUCAGUCCAGAGGAUAUUAAGCAACUGUGGCAGUGGAAUGCGGCGGUUCCUCAUGCGAGUGAAAGGUGUGUUCAUGAACUUAUCGACGACACUGUCAAACAGCAACCGGAAUCCCCCGCUAUAUGCUCGUGGGACGGACAGCUUUCUUAUAGAGAGCUGGAUAUUCUUUCAACUUCUUUAGCAUCUCAACUUGUCGCCCUUGGGGCCGGAGCAGGGACGAUUAUUCCACUCUGCUUUGAAAAGUCCAUGUGGCACUCGGUGGCCGCUUUAGGGGUAAUGAAAGCCGGCGCUGCAUGUGUUGCGAUGGACUCAACACAGCCUGAAUCGCGACUCCGAUCAAUCGUAGAACAAGUUCAUCCAAACUUCCUUCUUACAUCUUCUAAGAAUUACGACCUCGCUCGUAGUCUCUCUGAUGCAACGCUGCUAAUUGUCGAUCGUUAUCACCUCCUUGACUCUCCCGUUGUUCACAGUACAGCUCCAUUGCCACAGGCGCAUCCAUCAGAUACAAUAUACGUUGUUUUUACCAGUGGCUCAACCGGUACCCCGAAGGGUGUAGUCACUACUCAUCGAAAUUUUGCAUCUGCUGCCAAGCAUCAGCAGGAGAUUUUGAAUAUUCGGUCUACUUCAAGGGUAUUUGAUUUUGUCUCAUACAACUUUGACGUUUCAUGGUCAAACCAUCUGCAGACCCUGAUCUGCGGGGGCUGUUUAUGCAUUCCGUCGGAAUCGGAACGAAGGAAUGAUAUCCCAGGCGCUUUCAAUCGCAUGAAGUGUGACUAUGUAUAUUUUACCCCGUCUGUUGCUCGCUCAUUGGAUCCAUCAUCAAUGCCAGGAAUCAAAUGCCUCGCCAUGGGAGGAGAGCCUAUCCAAAGGUCUGAGGUGGUGCGUUGGACUCAAGCAGAGGCCAUAAUUGGUAUAUAUGGUCCGGCUGAGUGUGCCCAAGCACUGUCGUUUGUUCGUCUCGAUAGUAAUUGUCAUAAUAGCCAUGUUGGACUGCCAUAUGGUGCAAAUAUGUGGCUGGCCCAGCCAGGAUGUCCAGAUCGCCUCGCCGCUAUCGGGGCAAUUGGUGAGCUCCUCAUUGAGGGCCCCACAGUCAGCAAAGGGUAUUUUGGAGAUCUAGAGAAGACCACGGCAGCAUAUAUCAAAGAUCCCUCAUGGCUCCUGCAAGGCACGCCCGGGCACCCAGGACGAUCGGGAACUUUGUACAAGACUGGUGAUCUUCUGCGCUACAACUCCGAUGGGUCAUUCGACUUUAUUGGUCGGAAAGACGGAAUGAUCAAGUUGAGAGGUCAACGAAUCGAAUUAGCAGAAGUUGAAUACCAUGUUCGCGUCUGCCUGGAAGAUGCAAGUGUCUAUGAUGGGGUUGCAGCCGAGAUUAUCAGACCACAGAAUAGCAAUCCACUAUUAGCCGUCUUCGUUAGCCUAACUGAUAGGCUGGGGAAAUCAGAGAAUCCAUCCGCUAUGAUACCCGGCGCUUAUAUUCCAGUCGAACAAAUCCCAAUGACGACAACAAACAAAACCGACCGUCGAGCUCUUCGCGACCUGGGCAAUGCGCAGAGUUUGGAGAGGCUAGCGGAACUCCAAUCUCAUGGAAAGAAGCAUCGUGAGCCAUCAACCGAGAUGGAGAAGAAUCUGCAAGUCCUCUGGUCCUCUGUGCUCGGUGUGGCACCUGCGAGUGUCAGCGCCGACAGCAACUUCCUACGUAUCGGUGGUGAAUCUAUCGCUGCUAUGCGGCUCGUUGCAGCUGCACGGCUACAGGGCCUUUCACUCACUGUGGCACAGAUCUUCAAAGCCCCUCGUCUAUCUCAGAUGGCCUUAUUGGUCACACAGAAGGCAGAGGAAGAUGAAGCGUCGCAACCCCAGCCGGCAUUUUCGCUUCUGAAGACCAAUGAUCACAAAACAUUCCUCCAAGAUCAUGUCGAGCCCUUCUUAUACGAAGAUACAGGUAUUGUCAAAGACGUCAUUCCGUGCACCGACUUUCAAAAAUGUGCAGUCAUAGACGCCCUUCAGGACCCCCCCGGGAGACUGCCGAUUUGGAUCUUCGGGCUCCCCCACAACGUCGAUUUUGCCCGGCUAGAAUGGGCGUGUAAAGCACUUGUCAACCAUUUUGAUAUACUACGUGUAGUAUUUAUUCAAGCAGAUGGUCGGUUCUGGCAAGUUCUUCUGGAUGGGUUCAAGCCUAUCUAUGAUACUCUUGAUGUUGAUGACGAUGUGGAGUCUUUCACCCAUACACUUUGUGAGGAAGAUCUCAAGAGAUCGCGUCAGUUAGGACAGUCAUUCAUCCGCUUUGUUGCUAUUCGACAUCAAGGUGGCAAGCAUCGUCUGGUCUUCCGAAUUGCACACGCCCAAUUCGAUGGAUAUACCUGGAGCACGAUGAUCCAAACUUUGGCUGCCCUGUACUAUCAACAGUCACUUCCAAUGCAGCCAACUUUCCGUCAAUUCAUAGCGUUCAACGAGCGCAAGAAAGAACAAAGUCUCUCAUAUUGGACAUCAAGGCUCCGGAAGUCCUGCCAUCCCACCUGGAGUCCAGCAAAUUGUAGUGAUACGGUAUACAGCACUUCCGACCGAAUGACAGUAACAACAUCUUUCCCAAUGCCAAACGUCCAGCGCCAUGAAGGGAUCUCCAGUGCGACCUUUUUCCACGCAGCCUGUGCCAUUGCCCUCUCUCAACAAUUCGGACGAAAAGAUGUUGUCUUUGGUCGUCUAGUAACGGGACGCUCCAUGCUUCCUGGUAGUCUACAAAAUGUCGUCGGUCCUACCAUGACUGAAGUGCCGAUCGUCGUAUCCAUCAGCCCGAACGACACAAUCGUGACUGUCGCAAAUCAAUUGCAGGCCCAGUUCCUUGAUGACUCCCUCCACGAAUCUGCAGGAAUGGAGGAGAUUAUUCGGAACUGUACCGACUGGCCUGAGCAGGUGGUCGACUUUGGUUGGCGAACAGCAUUCCAACAGGCGGAUGAAAUGGAGUUCACGUUUCUAGACUCCGGAAGCACGAUUACUGUCCACGAGCAUGAUCUACUUCCUCGAAGGCGUCCAGAGGUUUAUGCCACUCCACGGAACGGAAGGCUGCAUUUAGAAUUUGAAGGCAACCGACAGCUUAUCAGUGCGGAUAUUGUACGAGAGGUGUUUGCUCGGAUCCAAAGUGUUUUGGGUGAAGUGUAA